AUGGACAUAUCUAAAAGUACAAGUGUUACUAGAGAGAGUUCGAUCGAUCCGGAAGAGCCAGCACGCAAUAAAAGCAGGAAUAGUCGAAGCAUCAGAAAAUCUAAUGGCUCUAGGGGAUUUAACAGGCGCACACAAAAAAAUAAAGUAGUAAAGGUUACAAAUAAAUCCGUUAAGACAAAUAAGUCACGUAACAAAAAUAAUGGCAAAGAGCAAAUGCGAAUUGUAAAAGAAAAUGCGGCCAGAGUAGUUUAUCAGCAAGAAGAAACACCACGGGAAGAAAUCCCUUACACCGAAUUUUUACCUGAUUUGAAACUAGACGAACAACUAGAGAUUAUUCAUUCAUAUUCUGAUAUUACUGAUAAUAAUGAUCAUAUAAUGUCGCAAGGACUUUCACAAUUGCCAAAUACUGCUGCUUUACCAAAUCCAAAUGAAUAUAAUGAGUUUAAAUUAGUGCAGGGAGUAGGGAUCGUAUCUGACCAUCAGGAUAAUUUGUCAUAUAUUAAAGAAAACUCAAGUUCGGGAACUACACCACACGAGGAUAUGGACGAAGACACAGUUCAAGAUGAUGAGCAAGAUCGGCAUUCAGAUAUCGAUCAAGCUAUUGAUAUUCAGACAGAGAUCAUAAAUGAGCCAAUGGACUUGGAAUAUUCGACACCUGCGACCUCAGAAACCGCCACGGUGGCAAUAGAUAAUUUAGUUAUUAUGGAGACUGUCUCUGAAUCCAUACCAAAAGAGCCUCCAAUACAUUCCUAUCGACGUAUUAAUUGCAAAAAAUUCGAAAAAGAACCAUUUGUUAGACCUGAAGGUCACUAUAUUCGUCAUGUCGAAUUGACCGAAAAAGAUCUUGUAGAAAUAGUCGAAUAUGAUAUGGAUGAACAAGAUGAUUUAUGGUUGAAAGCAUUCAAUCAAGAAAGAAAGAAAGAAGAUCUUGGCGAGCUUACAGCUGAUGUUUUUGAAGCUUUGGUCGACCGCUUGGAGAAAGAAUGGUUUGAUCUGACAAAAAACUUGCCAAAGGGUCAAGGAGAAAAGGAAAAUCCAGAAGACUCCACAUGCGCGAUUUGUGAUGAUGGUGAAUGUGAAAAUUGUAAUGCCAUAGUAUUCUGUGACGGCUGCAACCUUGCUGUACACCAAGAUUGUUAUGGUAUUCCAUAUAUUCCUGAAGGUCAAUGGUUGUGUCGCAAAUGCAUCGUCUCACCAGAAACUCCAGUGGUAUAUAUUUCAAAACGUGGUGCUUUCAAAAAAACAAAUACAAAUCGCUGGGCGCAUUUACUUUGCGCUUUAUGGAUUCCGGAGGUCGGGUUGUCUAACCCUGUAUACAUGGAGCCUAUUGAUAAUAUAGAGGGAAUUCCACGUGGUCGAUGGAAAUUGAAAUGCUAUAUUUGUGAGAAAAAGAUGGGUGCAUGUAUUCAAUGUCAAAAUACACACUGCUGUACAGCAUUUCACGUUACAUGUGCAAGAAAAGCGAAACUUUGUAUGCGAAUGAAAUUUCCAGACCCCAACAGCGAUGCUAAUCAAAUGAAGGCGUAUUGUGAUAAGCACACUCCGCGCGAUUAUAGAGAACAAAUUGACGUUGCCCAAACAGUUGCUAAAGCACAGAGUCUUUUGAUCGAUCCCGUACCAGUAGCCAAAAAGCGUAGGAUAGAGCGCAAAGAAUCAGAUGGUGCAUCGUAUCCACGAAAAACCAUUAAAGUCAAUCCACAGGAAUCAGAAAAGCGAUUAUCUAACAAAUCUAUCGAGAGUUCGAAAUCUGCGCGUGCAUAUAAUCGUUCUUAUAUGGAGACGGCCAUAGUUGCACCGGCGAUUAUAACGGAUAGGCUGUUACCUGUUUUGUCAAUGCAUAAAGGACAGCUUAGAAAGAAACAAGAGCUAAUUGCUACUAUAUGUAAGUAUUGGUCAUUGAAAAGAGAAUCUAGACGUGGAGCUCCAUUGUUAAAGCGUCUCCAUCUUGAGCCGUGGACUGCAUCUGCAUCGGCUCACAAGCAAUCAGAGGAAGAAAAGAUGGCUAAAUAUGCGGCUAUGCUGGAUCUUCGUAAAGAUUUGGAAAAAGUGAGGAUGCUGAUCGAUUUGGUACACAGACGUGAGAAAGAAAAGUUGAAGCGGAAUAGAUUGCAAGUUAAAUACUUGGAAACCAUAAUUUUCCCGCUCGACUAUAUUAUUGGACCGGAAGUGCCAGAUUAUCUUACACACAUUAAGCAUCCAAUGGAUUUUGGAACGAUUCGGAAAAAAAUUGAAAAUCAUGAAUAUAGUCUCGGGUCCGGCAUGCAAGGAUUCAAGGAUGAUGUUGAAUUGACUCUCCAGAAUGCUAUGACCUAUAAUACGUCUAAUACUAUUUAUUAUAGAGUUGCUAAAAAAAUACGUCAGCAAUUCCAGACAAUAGCUGCACAAAUGGAGAAAGAUUAUACUGAGUUGCAGAUAGAUCCUUCUAAAGGAAUUCUGAAUGUUGAGAUUCAUCCGGAAAUAUUUACAUAUAAUGAUAAACCACUUAAAUUCGAAAAAGAAGUCAAAUCUACUUCUCGCUCAAAUCGCAUAGUUAAUUCGAAACAUCAAAAUCAUGAUGUUUUAUCUCAAAAUUCAAAUCAAAAUCCUUUUGAUUUUGACGAAGAUAAAGCCACAAUUUCCUCUCGAACUAGGUCUCGAAAAGACGGUUCAACAAACCCGUUAAAAGUAGAGAAUGAAAAAGGAGAGUCAACAACAAAAUUAAGCAAGUCACAGAUAGAAAGACCUACAAGAGGAACAAAACGGAAAAUAGAGAAAUCUACAAAAGCAGAGCGUGCAGAUAAUUCCGAAAUAGUAGAUAUGACACCUGACAAUUCAACAAAUGAAACAACUGAAGUGAAAGCAUUAAAGGAACAAAUACAAUUACAACUAUUAAAGGCAAAGGAAGAAGCAGAGAAGCCAGCUGCCACUCGUACUCGAGCUCGAAGUCAAAAGAAGAACGAAGAUUUAAUUCAAAACGAUUCUAUAAAAAAAGGUCAUUCAUCUGCGGUAGAGUCUAACUCAGAAAUAGUACAGUCAAAUCGUUCUACAACUUCAGGCGAGCUGUCGAACGUUCCUUACGGUAGCUUGGUCUGGGCAAAAAUGCAAGGCUUCCCUUGGUAUCCAGCUGAGGUUGCAGAUCCAAAUGGACCUGAAGUUACUGAGGCGAUCAGAUCAGACAAAAAAGAAGGUGAUCAUUAUUUGGUGCACUUUUUUGAUGAGAAAAAAGAAAAGAAGAAGUCUGGACGCAGUUGGAAAUGGGUUCCGGAAACUAAAGUUAUCCUUAUUGGGGAUGAACAAACGGACUUGGCAAAAUUAAGAGAUAAGACGAUGUCACCUACAAUGAAAAAGGAGGUUCCUAAAGCAUAUGAAGCGGCAUGUAUGUCCCAAGGCAUUGAACCUGUCGUUUUACAACAACAAGUUUCGGUGGUUCCUCUAAAAAAACAUAAUCGUAAAUAA